CGGUAAACAAAGCGCGAAGCAAGUGAUCGUCGACAUGCCACAGCGUUGUUCUGUGCCGCUCUGUAGUAAUUAUGGUGGACAUCAGUUCCCAAAAGACAAAUAUAAACGUUUUCAGUGGAUUGUUGCAAUCAAAAGAAUUGAUCCGAAAUCAAAAAAGUUGUGGGAGCCUAAGAAUGCAGAUGUUGUUUGCCACCUUCACUUCUGCGAAAGUGAUUACAGGGACACGUCAGAAUGACGAAGGGAAUGGUAAUGACAGCUGACCGCCUUCGCCUUAAAGAAGAUGCUGUUCCUUCCAUUCUGAUCCCUGGGGAGGAAGUUUCUGGCCCAAGCCCAAGACAGUUAAGAUUUAAGAGGAGAAACCAACCAUUGGAGGAACCUGACAUUAUGGCCAUGGGUGUACAGCAAGAAGUGGUUAUAGAUCAUACAGUAAAGACUGGGCAGACUGAUCAAACACCAACAGAAAUCCAGGAUCUAGGAAAAAAAUUUGUGCAAAAUCCCUUUGCUAUGAAAUGUUCCAUUGAAAAUUUUAAAGAUAAUGCAGAUGCUGUUUCGUAUUACACUGGUUUCAGUAAUUACGAUCAGUUUAUGAUAUUUUAUCACUGUCUUGGUCCAUGUGUAAAUGAAUUAGAUUACAAAUGUGUAACUUUAGAACCAAGGGAUCAACUUUUUUUAACUUUGAUGAAAUUGAGACAGGCUAAAGAGGAUUUUGAAUUGUCACUUUUCUUUCAAGUUUCAGUGUCAACUGUAUCUAGGAUUGUAACAACCUGGAUAAAUUUUUUGUAUUUCCAGUUAAAGGAAAUGAACAUAUGGCCAUCACAAGACACAGUUCAAGAUUUUAUGCCUUCAAAUUUUGCAGAGAAGUUUGCAAACACUAGGGUUAUACUGGAUGCCACCGAAAUACCAGUUGAGAAGCCGUCAGACGUCAAUGCUCAGUCCAUUACUUGGUCAAAUUAUAAGCAUAGAAAUACUAUAAAGGCAAUGAUUGGAGUGACUCCCAGAGGGGCUGUGUCAUAUGUUUCCGAUGCUUAUGGUGGGUCUGCAAGUGAUAGAAUGAUUAUUGAAAGAUCUGAUUUAUUGAAAGAUGGUAUGUUUGAGAAAGGCGACAGCAUCAUGGCUGAUCGAGGCAUCAUGGUGCAAGAUCUCUUUGCUAACAAGGAUGUUCAAGUAAAUACUCCAACAUUUUUGAAAGGUAAAUCCCAACUUGAAGCCCAUGAAGUAGUACAUGAUCGACGUGUAGCUUCAAAACGCAUACAUGUAGAAAGGGUCAUUGGUCUGGCAAAACGUUUUAAAAUUCUAAAGAAUGAACUUAGUCACAGCAAAAUUCAGCUUGGAUCCCGAAUCAUUUAUAUCUGCUUUGUGCUAAGCAAUUUUAGAAGGUCAAUUGUAGAUAAAUUUGCAUAAGUUGUGAUGAUAUUAAAGCAAAAGAGGCUAAAUGAUGAUGUGCAGUUUUAAACAGAUUUUCUCAAUUCAUAUCAUUUCUUGUGAAUUAAUCACAUUUUAUGUUGAUCAGUCCUCGACAAUUGGUUUUAUUGAAUUCAUACAUAUAUGAAUAAUAUAUAUAUGAAGGUAGUGACACUAGCAUUUACUUAUCUAAAUAUAAUUCAUAUAAGAUAUGCUUGUUAGCAUUGUAAGAUAUUCACCAUCAUAAAAUUUCUCUCUAUUCUGAUAUUUACUCAGUUUGAAAAUACUGAUCCAAGCUAUUGCCUUGGUUAAUAUUUUUAAAUUUAGAAUAUAUCACACCAUAUUGACAUAAUGAAAAGUCCAAAAUUUCAGAUUACAUAUUGGGGGCAAUUUUAUUAGGCAAUCUGAAGUGUUCCCUGCAAUA